UGAAACUUCAAGGCUACAGAAUAAUUUCCUUUGCCCAUUUUGUGCCUGCCCAGCUAUCCAGACAGAGCAGCUACCCUCAGCUCUAGCUGAUACUACCGACACUACAACAGAUCAAGAAGUAUGGCAGUGACAACUCGUUUGGCAUGGUUGCAUGAAAAGACCCUGCAAAAUCAUUUUGGAGGAAAGCGGCUUAGCCUUCUCUAUAAGGGCAGUGUCCAUGGAUUCUGUAGUGGAGAUUUACUUGACAGAUGUUAUAAUCAAGGGCCUACUCUAACAGUGAUUUAUGGUGAACAUCGUAUUAUUGGAGCAUAUGCAGAAAAGAGUUACCAGGAAAGAAAGGCUGCCUCCAUCAUCCUUCUUGCACUUCAAGAGACUAAAAUUUCAGAAUGGGAACUAGGACUAUGUACACCAGAAAGACUGUUUUGUCAUGACAAUGUAAAAUAUAACUCCACAACUAAUUUCCAGAUAGAGUUAAGAAAUAGAAAAGUGAUUAUGGGCUCAAAGACAACGGAAGAUCUUGGACUUGUUCAAAAUUGUACUAUUUCUAUUCAGGAUUGUGAAGUUUUUCGAUGUGAAGAUUUACUGGAUGAAAGAAAGAUAAAAGGGGUAACUGAGCUCAGGAAGAGCUUAUUGUCUGCCUUGAGAACUUAUGAACCAUAUGGAUCCCUGGUUCCACAAAUACGAAUUCUGCUGCUGGGUCCAGUUGGAGCUGGGAAGUCCAGCUUUUUCAACUCAGUGAGGUCUGUUUUCCAAGGGCAUGCAACGCAUCAGGCUUUGGUGGGCACUAAUAGAACUGGGAUAUCUAAGAAGUAUAGGACAUACUUUAUUAGAGAUGGGAAAGAUGGCCAAUAUCUGCCAUUUAUUCUGUGUGACUCACUGGGGCUGGGUGAGAAAGAAGGCGGCCUGUGCAGGGAUGACAUAUUCUACAUCUUAAAUGGUAACAUUCGUGAUAGAUACCAGUUUAAUCCCAUGGAAUCAAUCAAAUUAAGUCAUCAUGACUACAUUGAUUCCCCAUCGCUGAAGGACAGAAUUCAUUGUGUGGCAUUUGUAUUUGAUGUCAACUCUAUUGAACACUUCUCCUCUCAAAUGAUAGAAAAGAUCAGAAGACUUCGAAGGGAGUUGAUAAACGCUGGUGUGGUACACGUGGCUUUGCUCACUCAUGUGGAUAGCAUGGAUCUGAUUACAAAAGGUGACCUUAUAGAAAUAGACAGAUGUGUGCCUCUGAGGUCCAAGCUAGAGGAAGUCCAAAGAAAACUUGGAUUUGCUCUUUCUGACAUCUCGGUGGUUAGCAAUUAUUCCUCUGAGUGGGAGCUGGACCCUGUAAAGGAUGUUCUAAUUCUUUCUGCUCUGAGACGAAUGCUAUGGGCUGCAGAUGACUUCUUAGAGGAUUUGCCUCUUGAGAAACAGGGAAUCAAAGAAAGGUAAUUAUCAAGUGUGCACAGGGAAGAAAAUUGAUAUGUGAAAGGUUCACAUAAAUUUCUUCAUAUCACAGAAGAUUAAAAUUCCAAAAGGAGAAAACAGACCAAAGAGAAGUAACUAAGACUGAAGGGAUGUGUUUUAUUAAUGUCUAGGAUGAAGAAAUGCAUAGAACAUUGUAGUACUUGUGAAUAACUAGAGAUAGCAUGAUUUAAAGUCAUAAUUGUGAAAAAUAAUAAUAAUUUUUCUUGGAUUUAUGUUCUGUAUCUGUGAAAAAAUAAAUUUCUUAUAAAACUUGGGUCUAA